UUCAAAAUAUGGCUGAUAUGCGAUUUGGUAAAAUCUUCCGAUUGCGCAUGCGUGAAUUCGGGAUUGCAUUUCCGGUUUAUAAAUCAAGAAAUAUAAGGAAAAACAAAAAUGCAGAAAGAAGAAAAGCAAUUAGAAGCCACUGUAGAUGCCUUGAUCCACAGAGUUCAGGAUAUCAAAAAUUCCAUUGCAUCGUUUCUCUUUAAGCUUGAAAAUGAAUAUCAAACAUUGAAUUGGCCAUCUGUGCUGGAUAAUUUUGCUCUGAUAUCUGGUCAGCUAAAUAGUCUUGGUAAAGUCCUGAAAAAUGACAGAUCACCACAUCUUAGAAAUCAUCUCUUAUUACCGCUUGCAUUGAGACCUGAUAGAGAUGCUGAACUUGAGAAACUAACAGAAGGAAGAGUACAGUGUUUUAACCAUGAAGUUGUACCAGACUAUCUCCGUACCAAACCAGAACCAGAGGUCGAGGACAAAGUUAAUAUUGUCGUUCAGAAAUCAGCUGCAAUGCAAGCAGACAUGGCACAAAAACAGCUGAACUCAAUGAACAAGAUCACCAGUAAUUUAUUGGAUAUCAUAAAUUCCAACAAAGAAGAAUUAGAAAGUGAAGCAAAUCAGAAAGCCCAGAUGGCACAGACUUAUUCAUCAACAGAUACCAGUUCAAUGGUGGCAGCCAUGAUGUUUGGUAAGGGACUAAAAUCAAUACAACGACAAGAUUCUCGACCUGGUAUGACAGCACAACAACAACAACAGCAGCAACAACAGAAACAACAGGCACAAAACAUUGGAAAAGCACCAAGUACCAUAAAAACAAACAUCAAGUCUGCAGCCAGUACCCACCCAUACCAAAGACCUUGAUUUGUGAACUGGUAUCAAUUUUUUGGAUAAGACUAUAUUGGUAGAAUGAAGACCAAUUUUGAUAUGCAUGAUGUAUGUUUCUCUGCACCAGUUGUUGUAGUACAAUGUUUAAAAAGACUUGACAUGCUUGUGUUGAAAAAGAUGUAAAAAGGAGAUUGAAGGUUGAAAAAGAAGGGAUUCCAAGAUUGUAUUUACCACUCUUCGCUAAAAGUACACAAGUGCAAUAAUGAUCAAGUGCUAUGAAAAGAAUUAUUGAUUAUGAUUUCAUAUUUGUAAGCUUAAUACUAUGUGAAUUAAAAUUUGUAUUUUCUUGUUAAACUUAUUUAUUUCACAGUUACUUCUCUUUUAUUGUAUUCUAGAUAGUUAUGUGGGAAAAAUUUAGAGUCAAUAAAAAAAUGUAUAUCUCAUUUAUCAGUUGCUGA